AUGCCACCAAAACGUGCCCAAAAAGCUCGAAAUUCAACCGAGCAGGAGGGUAGGAUCCUACUAGCCAUCAAAGCCAUUAAAAACGACGAAUUUAUGUCUAUCCGCCAAGCUGCACGCGUUUUUACCAUACCCGAAAGCACGCUCCGAGACCGUCUACGCGGACGCACCUUUUACGCAGAUAUACGCGCAAACUCUCACAAAUUGACCAAAAACGAAGAGAUAUCGCUUUAUGAAUGGAUAAUACCUAUGGACGACCGUGGAUCUGCCCCACGACCCUCCAUGGUGGCAGAUAUGGCCAAUUUGCUGCCAAAAGAGCGUGGAGAGACCCCCAUCACCACGGUCGGCCGAAAUUGGGCCACAAACUUCGUUAAUGACACCCUACCCUCAAAGCACGAUAUUCCAGGAGAUAUAAUUACGAACGAGUGGUUUGACCGUGUGCAAAAUACUAUACUCAAAUAUGGUAUUACCCCAGCGGAUAUCUUCAAUUUUGACGAAACCGGCUUCGCAAUGGGCCUUACGGCUACUGCUAAGGUUAUCACACGUGCGGAAUACCACGGAAGACGUGCUCUUUUACAGCCUGGUAAUCGUGAGUGGGUUACUGUGAUCAAGUGUAUCUGCUGUGAUGGAUAUGCGCUUCCACCAUAUAUCAUCUUUAAGAAUAAAAUCUUGAAUCUUGGAUGGGCACAUGGCCUUCCAUCUGAUUAG